AUGGAAACCAGAGGCCUCCCACAUGGGCUGUUUUUUACUACCACUCUUGAUUUCAAGAAGUUGCAAUGUCAACUCAAUAUUUUAGUAGUAGAUGAACAGAAGUUCCUGAAAUCCCUUUUUCCAGAUUCUCAAAAGAUGUUUAUCGAACGUCUGGACGUCUGGGAUUACCUUCACUGUGACGACAGAGGGGUGUCCUCGGGCUCCGGCGACCGUCCUGGCUGCGUAAUAGGUGGUGUCUUUCCCGCUUCACCCGCAGCAGCCACAGAACCAGCUCCUUCAGCCAGUCGCCAUUUCCCGCCUACCGACCUGCUGCACCGCACGGACAGGGACCCGGAUGGAAAGCGGCCUUCCCGCGCAGGCGCCCUCACUUCCUCCGCCCCCUCCCGCCACAAUUCCGCGAGGUGGGAGGAAAGGAAUGCGGCCGGCCAGGGCGCUGGGGGGAGGGGGAGACGACCUCGACUUCCGAGAAGAGGCUCAAGUUCCUGCCACCCGAAGAACUCACCGGUACGAAUUCCUGAGAAAAAAACCAACACCGGGACCUCGGACCCCACGCUGUACGCCAGGACAGACCGUGAGGCUCCGCCGGGGCUGGGGGAGGACAUAGAAAAAUCAAGCUGGAACCGAGCUGCUUCCCACUGGUUAGUUUUCAUAGUGCCAGCAGGCUGUUAUCAGGAGAUUAACCAACAUUCUUACUCAGUUGUGAACUUGGUAUACUACACUAUGGACCUGCCAGGUAAGAGCACAAUGUGUGUGCAGUGCCUGAGGAAGCUAGAAGAGGGCAUUGGAUCCCUGGAAUUGGAGUUACAGAUGCUUGUUAGCUACCAUGUGAGUGCUGAGAACCCAACCUAGGUCUUCUACAAGAGCAGCCAGAGUCUCUGUUCUCAUAUUCCAGCAAAUUUUCUUACAUGAUUACAUACAUUGAGACACAUUUUAUAUAAAAAAAAAAUUGUGUUUUACUUACAGGUAAGAGCACAAUGUGUGUGCAGUGCCUGAGGAAGCUAGAA